AUUCAUUUACACACAAGCAUUAAUACCGCUAUUUGCUUUUUGGUUGGUUUACAGAAUAACUUUUGAAUUACUUGAAUUGGACUAUAAUCUGCACAUGAAUAAUGUUUAAAUAUCUUCCAAGAAACUCGUGAACUCAUAUGUGAUGUAAAUAGACCUAUCAUCCUAUCUUGUCUAUUGAACGACUUCUACGCAAAAAAGUGGUAUGCUUUCGCACGAUAGUUGGUAGAAACCGUCAUUGAAUCCAUUACAGUUGAAGCGAGAAGAAUUUGUUCAACACGAUGGUUGCCUCAGGUGCUCUUACGCCAGAAAUAGUAAGCCAAUUACGUGCAAAAUUUUAUGAAGAUAAUCGCAAUAUUUUAGCACAAAACAUAUGUACGAAAACACAUCCCAUAGAGGCUUGUAUUUCAAGAAAAGUUUUAGAGGAAACACAGCACGUCUUCACUCACAAGAUUGAAACAGAAGGGAAACCUGUGACAAAUCAGAAACGUACAGGACGAUGUUGGUUAUUUUCAAUAUUAAAUGUCAUACGACCUGCAUUUAUGAAGCAAUAUAAUCUGGAUGAAUUUGAAUUUAGUCAAGCAUAUCUAUUUUUCUGGGAUAAGGUUGAGCGGUGUAAUUACUUUCUUCAUAAUAUUGUAAAAAGUGCUAAGCGAGGUGAAACAGUAGAAGGUCGCUUGAUGUCAUUUUUAUUACGUGAUCCUGUAUCCGAUGGAGGACAAUGGGAAAUGAUUGUUAAUCUUAUAAAUCGUUAUGGUCUUGUCCCUAAAGUUUGCUUCCCUGAAUCAUACAGUUCUGAAUCUAGUUCUUAUAUGAAUACUAUCUUAAAAGGUAAAUUAAGAGAAUACUGUAAAAUAUUAAGAGACAUGGUAUUUAAUGGUUCAUCGGACAAAGAACUAGAAGAUCAGAUUCUAGAACAGAUGGUCGUAAUUUAUCGAAUAAUUGGAAUCUGUUUGGGCAUUCCAUCAGAAACGAUUACUUGGGAAUAUUAUAAUAAAUCGAAAAAUUAUAAUUGUAUUGGUCCAAUUACACCAGUGGAAUUUUAUGAAAAAUAUGUAAAACCAUGUUAUAAUGUUAAUGACAAAGUAUGUUUAGUAACAGAUCCAAGACCAUCUAAUCCGUAUAGAAAACUUUAUACAAUAGACUAUUUGGGAAAUGUAGUAGGUGGAAAACCAACAUUAUAUAAUAACCAACCACCUGCAUUGUUAAUGGAAUUAUCUGCAGAAAGUAUAAAACAAAAUGAACCUGUAUGGUUUGGAUGUGAUGUAAACAAACGAAUAAUAGGCAAGCAGGGUAUUGACGACAUAAAAGCAUAUGAUUUUGAAUUAAUGUUUGGAACAGAUAUAGAAGUCAACCUUACAAAAGCAGAUAGAUUGCUUUAUGGAGAUUCUAUGAUGGUUCAUGCAAUGGCAUUUACUGCCGUUUCAAUUGAUAAUGAUAACAAAAUUAAGAAGUUUCGAGUAGAAAAUUCAUGGGGAGAUGAUCAAGGACAGAAAGGAUAUCAGUUAUUAACGGCCGAAUGGUUUCAUGAAUAUGUUUUUGAAGUAGUUAUUGAUAAAAAAUUAGUACCUGCAGAUAUUCUGGAUGUAUUUAAACAGGAACCUAUUAUUUUACCUGCAUGGGAUCCUAUGGGUACUCUUGCUCACUGAUAGCAAUGUAAGCUUAACAUUUAAAGAUGAAAUUUCUUAGUUAUUAAAAGAAUGUAUAAAACAUUUAAGAUCGAAUAUAAAAUAAAGUUUUAAGCAGAUUCAUAUAACAAAGUACAACAAAUUAAUAGUUUGACAUUUUCCUAAUUAAUUAAUAAUAAUUCAAAAAUAAUUGUAGAUCAUCCAUGUGGGAUAUAAUUAAUGUAAUGUAUUCUGCUGGAACUGGAAAAGAAUUAACAAUAUUUAAAAUAGUUCCUAAAAUUUAGGGUUUGACAUACAUGUUUUAAUUUUUAAUUUAUUAUU